GCUGGUUUCACUAUUGUCAAGCAGUACGAAGAAAUAUUGCUACAAAACACAAGAAUCUGGCGGAAUUUAUUAGGCAAAACCGAAAAGCAUCUAUAUCUUACCACAAAAUAUUGUCACUCCCAUUAUUACCGGAGACACACAUUGUUAAUUGCUUUUCCAUCAUCAAAGAAGAAAUUGCCACUUUCGACCACUUGUUUAAAUUUGAAUCUUUUUCAAAAUACUUUGAAGAGCAAUGGCUAAAAAAAUUGGUCCAAGAAAUCUUUCGGUCUUUGGAAAUAAGAUCCGUACAACAUCAGCUGUAGAAUCGUAUAAUGCUGUGCUUGCCAAAAUAAUCCCUAAAAAAGGGAAUUUUUUCAAAUUUGUGGGGCAGUUACAAAUGGAGGAGGAUCGCAAGAGUAGGGAAUUAGAAUUGGUUAUCAACAGCGGUGGUGCUUUAGGGAAACCAAAAAGAAAAACAAAGGAAAACGUUGUGAGAGCAAAUUUAAUUGCUAAAGCGGAGACGGACCUGUUUAAUGGAAUCAUAACCGCUACGAGUUUCUUGGAUAGAAUGGUCUUCUCUGGAAAAAAAAUAGUAACUGAUAUGGAGCCCUUUGAAGACAUAUUCGAAGGUUUAGAAUAUAUGGAAGAAGAAUCUGAAGUCGAAGAAGAAUCCAAUGCCACGGAAGAAGGUGCAGCAAAUCCUCCACUUAUAUGCAUAAUUUUGACUGCACAUCUAAAAUAA